UGUCUCUCUGGGACCUAGACCAGCUGUGUUGUGAUAAUGGUGCAUGUGAAGUGCAUAUGCUGCAUCGGUGCUGGCUAUGUUGGGGGCCCAACAUGCAGUGUCAUUGCGCAGAUGUGUCCGGAAAUUGCUGUCACAGUGGUGGACGUAAACGAGGAGCGGAUCCGGGCAUGGAACUCCGAUCAGCUGCCCAUCUUUGAGCCUGGCCUGCAGGAGGUGGUGGAAGCCUGUCAGGGGGUCAACCUCUUCUUUUCCUCUGAUAUUGACAAAGCUGUGAGAGAGGCUGACAUCAUCUUCAUAUCGGUGAACACGCCCACCAAGACUUUUGGCCUUGGUAAGCGGCGAGCAGCUGAUCUCAAGUACAUAGAGGCAUGUGCCCAGCACAUUGCAGAGGUGGCCACAGGAUACAAGGUUGUGGUGGAGAAAAGCACGGUGCCGGUGCGAGCAGCAGAGAGCAUCCAACGGAUCUUCAAUGCCAAUACCAAGUCCAACCUGUCCUUCCAGGUACUCUCUAACCCAGAGUUCUUGGCGGAAGGGACAGCCAUUGUGGAUCUGAAGAACCCAGACAGAGUCCUGAUAGGAGGGGGUGAAACGGUUGAAGGACAACGGGCAGUCAUGACUCUCAGCAGCAUCUAUGAGCACUGGGUCCCCAAAAGCUGCAUCAUCACCACCAGCACAUGGUCAUCAGAACUCUCCAAGCUGGCUGCCAAUGCAUUCCUGGCCCAAAGGAUCAGCAGCAUUAAUUCCAUCAGUGCCCUUUGUGAGGUGACUGGGGCUGAUGUGGAGGAGGUGGCACAUGCCAUUGGGACUGACCAGCGUAUUGGGAACCGUUUCCUUAAGGCCAGUGUAGGUUUUGGGGGCAGCUGUUUCCAGAAGAAUGUUCUCAACCUGGUUUACCUCUGUGAGACACUCAACCUGCCUGAGGUGGCUCAAUACUGGCAGCAGGUGAUUGAAAUCAAUGAGUAUCAACACAGGAUGUUCGCUUCCCGCAUUAUCAGCUGCCUCUUCAACACAGUCACGGACAAGAAAAUUGCACUACUGGGCUUUGCCUUCAAGAAGGACACAGGAGACACCAGGGAGUCCUCCAGCAUCCACAUCAGCAAGUACCUGAUGGAUGAGGGAGCUCAGCUGCACAUCUAUGAUCCCAAAGUGAAGAAAGAGCAGAUCAUGCAAGACCUGUCCCACUCUAGCACCUCUAUGGAUGGCCCGGAGAGAGUGUUGAGCCUGGUCUCCAUCGCUUCAGAUCCCUAUGAAGCCUGUGACAAUGCCCAUGCCAUUGCCAUCUGCACUGAGUGGGACAUCUUUAAGGAGCUGGACUAUGAGAAAAUCUACAAGGCAAUGCUCAAACCGGCUUUUAUCUUUGAUGGAAGGAGAAUCCUAGACAGUUUGCAUGAUUGGCUGCAGCAGUUAGGUUUCCAGGUGGAGACGAUUGGGAAGAUCAGCCAGAGAAUCCCAUUCACAGCAAGUGCCAUAUCCAAGCUGGACCUACAGGCUCCCCCCCUAAAGAAAAUAAAGAUUUAACCCUGUUGCCUGUCACAUGGUAUGACAUGGAAUGAGACCCUGGGCAGAGACUGCAGCUGCAUGCAGGGCCUUCUCUGGCUGCAUGACUCAGGCACUGAUGCACUGCCUCCUACCACACUGCGGCUGAUUCCCAUCUGGCUAGGCUCUUCCCUUCACAACUGGCUCAGCCCAGCGGAUCUCCUGGUGGGACUACAGCCCUGGCUCUGCAGAGGGUAGAAGUAGCCUUUGGGCACCUUUUUGUUUGUACCAUUAGUAAGAUCUUUUACUUUGCCCUUUUAACCCACUGCUCUCCACAUGGUUUUUUGCCCACAGUGAGCACUCAGCACUGUCCCCAUUCCUCCUGCAGCUCCCAUGUGGGACAGGGUGGGUGUGGGCCAGGCUGGCAGUAGGAGCCAGGCUGUUGGUAGUAUCUGACUCCCCUGCUUAUUCCUGCUCAGGAAGGUUCAUUCCAGACUUUCAUAAUAAAAUUACAUUUGGCAGCCUCUGAC